AUACAGCUUUUGGGAGAGUGUAGCUGGAUAUUUCAGACGGAAAUUCGUUCAUUGUCUUAUUCUGUGCCAGGAAAGUACUGAAUCCUUGUAGUUAUGGCGGAAGGAGGGACAAGCGAAAGCCGUACGCUCGUGGAAGCAUCGCUAAAAGUCGGGAAGUACCCCCCGCUAUUGGGCGCUACCGUAGAGGAAGAAACUAUCGAAGAGGGGGGUUUCGCUACACAAGAAGAGGUGGAUGAGACAGAUGUAGAGAUAUGCGGCAUCUGUCUUGUAGACUCGCCAAGAUCAAGUCACGUGAUAGAGGAGUGUGGUGACGUGUUCUGUGAGAGCUGUCUCCGGAAUCAUUGUCAUUACGUCAUGGAAGAAGGGACGUGGAUAAUCAAGUGCGCAGGAAGCGGAUGUGACGUCACUAUUCCCGCUGACGUUCUUUGGGCUGUGCUUGACCAAAGAACCUUCAUCAGACAGCAGAAGAAGGCAGAGGAACAAGAGAGGGAACGUCGAGUUUUGGAAGAGGAACGAGAGGUCGACUGGUGCCCGAAGUGUCACGGGAUUUCUCGCGUGAGUUCGGAGGCGUACCCUGGCGGACGGCGGCGGGCGGACUGUGAGAAAUGCGGGCAUCCGUUCUGCACCAGGUGCCGGGACUGGUGGCAUGGAAGGUUAGGGGAGUGUUCUCACCGAGUGUGGAAGAACUACCGAACAAGUGGCAGGAUCACGAUUUCUGGUCAGACUGGGAUGGAGGGAUGGGAAGAGAGAGUGAAGGGAAGAAAGAAGUACGACGCUCUCUCCAACAAACUCAUCAUGGACAGCACCACACCCUGUCCGAAAUGCCAUAUUGCAAUAUACAGGACAACCGGGUGCAACCACAUGGUUUGCGUCAGGUGCAGGCACAGCUUCUGCUACGACUGCGGGGCUGCGUCAUGCAUCUGUAGACGUCGGCGCGACCGUGCAGCCAACCAGCCGCCACCGAUUGUAAGUGCAAUCCAAGGGAUCCUUGAAGCCGAUUUGUCCGCCUUCGACAACGCAGAGUGCGCAGCCUGCCCAGCAUGCCAUCGGAUGAACCGGAAGCGAAACACUGACAACCACAUCCGGUGUGUCGUGUGCAAAACUAGCUACUGCUUCACCUGCAAGAGGAGGCUGACGGGAAAUGUUGGCGGCCAUUUUAAGAAGGGCAUGCCCUGUGUCCAGCACACCUCUGCAAAAAGUACCAUCACAUCUGCAGAUGUUGUUUCAUGGUGUCAGGACAUGUAUGGUAGUUGGGCCGACGGAUUGGUCAAGCUAGUCAAACCUAAACGACGGGCGCUCCAAGAGCGUAAUACACAAGAAAGUUUUAAGUGGCAGAGGCAAGUCUAUGACGUUGUGAAAGCUCUUGAGCUUGAACUUGAAGAAAAGGCGGUAAAGGAACACACAGAAAACGUGAGACCGGGUGACGUAGUGCGUAAGGUUAACGUCACCCAUCUAAACGGGAACAAGAGUGUUGAAAUAUACUCAAAUUGACCCAAGAAGUAAACAAUAGAAAUAUUUUUACCAUGUUGAUGCACAGGUUUCCAUGAACCAUGAUCACAUGAGUUUUAGUAGUAACGUUUGGGACCGCAUCAUGCGACAGUGAGCAGCGACACCUAGUAGCGCUAUAAGGUGGAACAGGCCAUUUUUGCCAAUGGGGGAGGGGUAGUAGAAGGAUUGACUCAGAUUCAUUAUUCAUAAGUAAUGCGGAUGCCUGUAUGUUAAACUGACUGUAAACA